AUGGCGGUGCUUUUCCAGGAUAUCGAAACCCCCGACAUCAAUGGUGCCCGGAAACCUCGCAAGUUGGGUGUGAAGAACUGUGAUGACAAAGCCUAUCUAAACGACAAACUCCAGGGCCUGGGUACCUUUGUCAUACCUCGUUCCUGGUUGGUCACGACAUCAGACAACCUUGACAAGCUACUGUCCUCUAUGGAUGAAUAUCCCAUCGUCGGGAAGCCAGUUCGCGGCCGGGGCAGUCACGGCGUCAAAGUAUGCCAUAAUCCCACAGACCUGAAGGCCCAUGUGGAGGCCCUACUUGUAGAAUCUCCACUGGUCAUGAUAGAGGAGCUCCUCGCUGGUAACGAGGCCACAAUCACCGUGAAGUCUCCCUCCUCGAGCCGACCUCAGCACUGGAGUAUGACACCAGUGAUACGGUUCAAUCAUGUGGAGGGGGUUGCUCCGUAUAACGGCGUCGUCGCAGUAACCACCAACUCUCGAGUUAUCACCGACGAAGAAAUGAAAGACCCAGCCUACAGCGAUGUAAUGCGUCAAUUUGAACGGGUAGCCCAGCUUAUCAGGGCAACUGCCCCCAUCCGGAUCGAUGUACGGCGGUUCCACCAGGGAUCCCGAUUCGCUCUUUUUGAUAUCAAUAUGAAGCCGAAUAUGACUGGUCCCGGUCGUCCCGGACGUGAGGAUCAGGCGGGCUUGACGGCUAUAUCUGCUGCGGCGUUGGGCUGGGAUUAUGGCGCCUUACUGGAGAAUAUUCUGGGAAUAGCUCAGCCUUUGGAUGUUUUUCGUCGAUACCGUAGUCCGUUUGAGAGAUGUUAA